UCUCAUAGAUUCAAUCAGUACCUCUUUGACAUAUUUUUAUAGAAAGAGGAAAAUGAAAUACGAUGAGAUUUUUGCUCGAAGCUUUAGUCGACACGACCAGAGAAGAUUCGGGUAUGGUGCAUUGGUUGCUUGUAUUAUAGUCACAUGUUGUUUGUGCACCGUGUUCAAGCCUUACCUCGGCCCUUUACCUGUUUCGAAUCUAAGGUUGACGUUGGUUGAUGGGCUCAAAUUGAUGAUGGUUUCCGAAAGAGCCACCAAACCCUUGGAAGCUUAUGUUGAAAUAGAAGAAACGAAGCAAAUUUGCAACACCUCAAAACAAAGAUCAGAUAGUUGUGAGAUGAAGGGCGAUGUAAGAAUUCAAGGGAAUUCCUCCACCAUUUUUGUGUUAUCUUCGCACCGAAAAAAUGCCUCAUGGACCAUAAAGCCUUAUGCUCGUAAAGGUGACAUAAGUGCAAUGGAAAGUGUAACAAACUUUACUGUCAAAGUGAUCCAAGAAAAAAUUGAAACCAUGCCCACAUGCACCAAAUCUCACAAUGUACCAGCCAUAGUCUUUUCAGUUGGUGGUUACGCCGGUAACAAUUUUCAUGCCUUUACAGAUGUCAUCAUCCCUCUUUACGAAACUUCUCGAGAAUUCAAUCGUGAAGUGAAGUUUCUCGUGGCCAAUAAACGGUCUGGAUGGACUAGAAAAUUCCAAGAAGUAUUAGAUAAAUUAUCGAGGUACGAAAUCAUUGAUAUUGACGAAGGAAAUGAAGUACAUUGCUUCCCGAGUAUGAUUGUGGGUCUUAGAAAAGAUGAAGGAAAAGAGCUAUACACUAACUCGGUGAAGGAUUUCACAAGGUUCUUGAGAAGUUCCUAUUCAUUAGAGCGAUCAACCGCUAUAAAGUUAACAAAUGAUUAUGCCAAAAAACCUCGGCUCCUUAUAGUUUCAAGAAAAAAAACAAGAACUUUCACGAAUGUGAAAGACGUGGUUCAUGCAGCACAAGAUAUAGGAUUUGAGGUGGUUGUGGCUGAGAUGAAUGCAAAUCUUACGCAAGUUUCAAGGCUUGUAAACUCAUGUGAUGUGAUGAUGGGAGUUCAUGGUGCUGGGAUAACCAAUAUGCUUUUUCUUCCUGAAAAUGGUGUGUUGAUACAAGUCGUUCCAAUAGGCAACAUGGAUUGGAUAGCAAACACUUAUUUUGGAGUGCCUUCAGCGACAAUGGGUUUGAAGUACUUGGAGUAUAAGAUAAACAAAAUGGAAAGCACUUUGAUAGAGAAAUAUUCACUUAAUCAUCAGGUGUUCAUGGAUCCAAUUUCAAUUCAAAAGAAAGGUUGGGAUCCUUAUAAAUCAAUUUAUUUGGAUAAACAAAAUGUAAUGCUCAAUGUGACUAGAUUCAAAGAUACACUAUCAAAAGCCCUUGAACUUCUCCAUUCGUAGAAUUAUUUCUUUUUUGUUUCAUGUAAUAGCAAUCAAAGUUAAGAUUUUUUGUUUUAGAUAAACAGAUGUUUAGCUAUGAUUGAGUAUAUAUUAUUAGCAAGGGUUAAUGUUGCUAAAUAGACUUGUUAGUUUAUUGUCUAUUUUAUACAUUAUGUAUAGUUUAGGAUCCCUUAUGUAACAUUUCCAUGCAAUGAAAAACCCUAACAAAAGGGGUCUUUUACA